AUGUCGUUUGUCAAUAGAAUCUUGGCGAAACGUGCUGGCAGCAAUCACCUCGUUCGUAACUUAAUCAAAAACAGGAUUAAUCGCAAAAAUUUUAAUUACCGCAAUGUCGGAUGGCUAAAAGACCCUCUACUUUCACUCAACUUUAGUAUUCCAACACGCGAUGAAGCCGAUAGACUCAAGCUUCAGUCAUGUGUCGACAUCGACACUAAAUUAAUAGGCACGAUGAUAGAAUUAAACAAGACAGGUGUGAACAGCGGUCAUACCGAUUUUUAUGAACUGGCCGAUUCAUACCUUGACCUGGUUUAUAACUACAAAUCUCUAACGUCGGACCGUCAGCCUGUACAUAAUAAAAUCAUAGAAAUAGUCGAGUCCAGAUUUAAUUACAACCCUAUAUCAAACGUACACAAACACUCAAGGUCACUUCUGAGUAGUAAAGGCAGUGAGACCAGGAGUCACGAAACGAUCGAUACAAGCAAUCACAGCAACGAACACUCGUCACACAUAUCGCAACAUUCCGACUACGAUUCCAUGAGAAAAUUAUCAGUGUUUUUCGAGAAGGCCAGUUCACGCAUUUUAAGAGUCUCAGGCUCCAAUUCAGAGUAUUUCCUUAAUCAAGUGCUCUCAUCCUCAGUUUCCACAAUGUGUGCCGGCGACGUCAAGUACAGCUGCCUUCUUGACUCCAAAGGUGUAAUUUUGGACACGUGCUUCGUUUCGAAGCUUGACGGCCACUACCUGUUGGUGACAACAGGGAAUAAGAAGAACGAUGUGUUAGACUACAUCAGCUCCUACUCAGUUCACCUAAAGGCGUUUGCUUUGGAUGUAAAAGUGAGUCCACAGGAUAAAUUCAAGGUGGUCAACCUAUACGGGCCCCUUUCACGUGAAGUUUUCGCAGAGUUGCUGGAAGACAAACGAAAUCAGAUGACAAUUGAGCAUAUGGACGGAUCGGCACCCAAGGAUUCUGGUGGACUGGAAAACCGAGACUCGGGAUUCCCGAAACUGUUCAUGAAGAGCUUUUACAUAAAUUUUACGAGCAAGGAUUGUAAAAUUAUUUGCUACCGAGUAUCAGAUGUGGAGGAGGGCCUGGAGUUCAUAGUACCCUCCGAGUGUUUUGCAGAAUUUAAGAAUUUGCUGCUGUCCCACGGGAGCGUAAGGAAAAUAGGGUUUGAAACGUACGAUAUCGCAAGGCUGGAAAGCGGAGUAGUAAGGCCGGAGGUCGACCUGACGCCAGAGUCGACGCCCCUGCACUCGUCGCUGAUGUGGAACGUGGACGUGGAGAAGAUACGAAGUAAAAUAAUAUUCGGCCACAGGAACUUUGGCCACAACAUUGUGGACGGAAUAUCGAAGAUGUACGUAACACGCAACCUUACCUCAAUUUUUAGGAGAGUGGGUCUCAUCUCAAGUACAAUGCUGACGCCAAGUUGCAAAGUGUUAACAAGGUCAACGAGGAUGCCAAUAGGUAAUAGAUUGGUGACCUCCUCUGCCUUCAGCCCCGCUUUAGGAAUGUACAUAUCACACUGCUACGUCGAUCGCGACUACGCGAAGCACGACACGCCGGUGGUGAUCAGUAUUCCAAAGGAGCCUGAUGAAACUGUUUCCAAGGCAAAGUACAAGAAAUACUAUAGAAGCAACGUUUUGAAGACAUUCUGCUCAGGAACCAUUGUUAGGUUGCCAUUCAUUAAACGCAACCUCAAGGUGUCGAGGGACCAUAAGUCCAAAACUGAGAAUGUUACGUACCUGAAGUCUCAAGUUAAAAAGAUGGGAGAACAGAAACAACUAAUUAGAGGCGAGAAAGAAACUGGUGUGAAAACCAAAAAGCAACUUUGGAAGGAGAUCAUAAAGAACCACAAGAAGAAGAUUAACGCAACCCUGGAUAUGGCCUGUAAAAGGUGGGAAGAGAUCAACAAGCAAAUAACCGAGGAAUCCAUGACACCAGAGGCACUUUCAAAAACAAAUAAGACUGAUAUGAUAAACAGUCAUGAUUUAACGAACGCUUUGGAGUAUUAUAAACUCAGAAUUGGUGUAAAUGUGAGUAGUCGACACAGGAGAUACAGGCCACCCAGACACACUAACUGA